GAGGCGAUGUCGCCACUGCUGUUCUGGGGUCCGUGGCGUUUGGCGCUGGCCCGGGCUCGCCAAACCAGGCUUUUGGCGGGGUCUUGGGGGACCUCGGGCGGACAGGGUUACACGCAGGACCCCCCAGUCGGAACGUGCGACCUACGGGGCGAACUGGACAGAUUCGGGGGCGUGUCGCUGAACCUGGCGCGGCUCGGUGCCCUGGAUCGCUUGGACGCCGCCGCCUUCCAGAAGGGUUUACAGGCUGCAAUACAGCAGUGGAGAUCAGAAGGUAGAAUAGCUGUAUGGCUGCACAUUCCCAUCCUCCAAAGCCGAUUCAUUGCCCCCGCAGCAUCGCUGGGCUUCUGCUUUCAUCAUGCAAAAUCGGAUUCUUCAACGCUGACUCUGUGGCUGGGUGAAGGGCCCAGCAGAUUACCAGGAUAUGCUACACAUCAAGUAGGAGUCGGAGGAGCUGUGUUUGAUGAAAGUACUAGAAAAAUAUUAGUUGUACAAGAUCGAAAUCAAUUGAAAAAUAUGUGGACGUUUCCAGGAGGCAUGUCAGAGCCUGGAGAAGAUAUUGGAGACACAGCAGUUCGAGAAGUUUUUGAAGAGACUGGUAUAAAAUCAGAAUUCAAGUCCCUCCUGAGUAUUCGGCAACAGCAUGCAAAUCCUGGCGCUUUUGGGAAGUCAGAUAUGUAUAUCAUCUGCCGCCUACAGCCAUGUUCAUUCACCAUUAAUAUUUGCCAACAUGAAUGCUCACGAUGUGAGUGGAUGGAUCUCAAUGACCUGGUCAAGGCCAAAAAUACUACUCCCGUCACCAGCAGAGUUGCUAGACUGUUGCUAUAUGGAUACAGAGAAGGAUUUGACAAAAUUGAUCUGACCAUGGAAGAAUUUCAAGCAGUUCACACAGGCCUAUUCUAUAAACUGUUCCACAAGGAACUGCCAGCGAAUUACAAAACAAUACCAGGAAUGUAUUAAAUUCACAUUUACAUGUCUAAAAAGAUUUAAGUGAAAUUGUACAUGUGGAUUAAAGUAUGCCCUAAUAUAAGUAGUAGUGAAUUUUGGGGAUUGAUUAAAUACCUGACUCUAAUUUUCUAAUGUAUAUGAUUUCCACAAAGAAAAUUUAUUUGUAAAUAUGCACAUUUUAAAAGCCUCUUUUCAAAUAAAGCGAAUG